AGUACCAUACCAUCCCUCUCCCAGAAACACAAAACAAAACCCCCAAAAACAAAAACAAAAAACAAAAACAAAAAAAAAAACAAGUUGGUUGAAUGGAAGGUACGAUUCGUUGUGAGGCGAAUUAUGUUCCUCUUUCUCCGAUCAGCUUCUUGGAGAGAUCAGCUGUUGUUUACAGAGACAGAUUAUCAAUUGUGUAUGGCGAUCAUAUCCACUUCACUUGGCGACAAACUCGUGAUCGAUGUCUUAAACUUGCGUCUUCUCUCGCUUCCCGUUUUCGAAUCUCUCGUGGAGAUGUUGUGGCUGUCCUGGCCCCAAACAUCCCGGAAAUGUAUGAACUCCAUUUUGCAGUUCCGAUGGCCGGUGCUAUUCUUUGCAGCCUCAACAUCCGUCAUGAUUCAGCAAUGAUAUCAACUUUGCUUAAACAUUCAGCUGCCAGACUCAUAUUCGUCGAUUACCAAUUUCUAGAUGUAGCCAAAGGUGCGAUUGCGAUCAUGUCAAAAACAACGGCUGCAGUUCCUCAACUCGUCUUGAUCCCAGACUCCAACGAAGUUCCGCCACGUCAGCAGUCUGAAAUUAUGGAAUAUGAAGCGCUUUUGGCAAUGGGAAAUCUUGAUUUUGAGAUCAGAACACCAGUUGACGAGUGUGAUCCAAUCGCGCUAAAUUACACAUCAGGAACAACAUCUAGUCCCAAAGGUGCGGUUUAUAGUCACCGAGGUGCGUAUUUGAACUCAUUAGCUGCAGUUUUACUCAACGAAAUGCCGUCAAUGUCUGUAUACUUAUGGACUGUUCCAAUGUUUCACUGCAACGGGUGGUGCUUGACGUGGGCCGUAGCGGCUCAAGGCGGCACAAAUGUCUGCCUUAGGGCGGUUACUGCAAAGGGUAUCUUCGAAAGUAUAUCUCGACACAACGUGACACACAUGAGCGGCGCUCCUACAGUUUUGAACAUGAUAAUCAACGCGCCAGCUGGUGAAAAGCUCCCCCUUCCGGGUAAGGUGUCGGUGAUGACAGGUGGCGCUCCUCCGCCUUCUCAGGUGGUGUUUAGUAUGGAGCAGAUGGGGUUUAACGUAUGUCACUCGUACGGUCUCACGGAGACGUACGGUCCUGGUACCAUAUGCACAUGGAAACCCGAGUGGAACUCGCUACCGUUAGAAACUCAAGCAAAAAUCAAAUCCCGACAAGGAGUAAACCAUUUGGGUAUAGAGGAAGUCGAUGUUAAAGAUCCGGCGACGAUGAAAAGUGUCCCGUGGGACGCUAAAACAAUAGGCGAGGUCAUGUUCCGUGGAAACACUGUAAUGAACGGGUAUCUAAACGAUCGAAAAGCGACUGAAGAAGCUUUUAAAGGCGGGUGGUUUCGAAGUGGGGAUUUAGGCGUGAGACAUUCGGAUGGUUACAUAGAACUCAAAGAUCGAUCAAAAGACAUUAUAAUUUCGGGUGGUGAGAAUAUAAGUACGAUCGAGGUGGAAUCGGUGCUCUUCGGGCAUCCGGCGGUCCUCGAGGCGGCUGUUGUGGGACGUCCAGACGAUCAUUGGGGGGAGACUCCGUGUGCUUUUGUGAAGCUUAAGGAAGGAUAUGAGGUAAACAGAGAUGAGUUGAUAGCCUACUGCAGGAAAAAGUUGCCGCAUUAUAUGGCGCCCCGAACGGUAGUGUUUGGGGAGUUGCCGAAGACGUCGACGGGGAAAACGCAGAAGUUCCUUCUCCGGGAAAAGACGAAGGCGAUGGGGAGUUUGGCGUCGAGAGGGAAGAGCAAAUUAUAAGGCUUGUGUUGUUAAAUAUGCUGUACAAUAAACACUCUUCAUUAAGCAUCAUUUUCUGUCAUUUUUCUUUGAUUUUACAA